ACCAAGCCAGUCUGUUCUCCUCCCACUGAACAAGACUACUUUGGGAGCUCUUUUCGGAUGCUAUUCUCUGUGUAAUAUUAAUGCUAUUCGUCUACAGUAUUCACCCUCACCCUUUCUCUCUCUCCCUUUUUCUCUCUCUCCCCUGCCUACUUCCACCUUCCUCUCCUCUUUCUCCUCCUCUCCCUCUCCGCUAAACAUAGAAAAUAAUGAGACUGAUUUUCUCCUAAUCUUCUUAGAAUCCUGUAAAGCAUUUGUUGCACGUCUCAGCAUUCCUGCAAACCUGUCCUCGAGCGUUCCGUCUACUAAAGGAGAAGAGAUGUAAAAAGAAUGGACCAGAAGGUAAAGGCAUCAGACACCUGGCCUGCUGAAACGAGUGGGAGGCUACAGCCUAAUAGAAUUCCAGCCUUGCGGUUGUCAUAGCUGGAAUUAGACUGAAGUGGAACACAGACAAAUGCUGAACAACAAUUGGUAAAGAUCACAGCAAGAAAGGCCUUAAGAGUGUGGUUCAAGAUCUGCUGCAAGAGGUGGGCAGUGUGGGCCUUCCUCCUCCUCUUUACCCUGUCUGUGGUGGUGAUCAACAUCCUCCCCUUCCCCCCCUCUGAGACACGCAGGCUGCCCUCACGAGGCCUGAGCUCUGCUGGAGCCAAAGGGUAUAGAAUGAGGGCAAGACCCAGGGAAAGGGCCUCAUUGGCUCCUCACCACCAACACCAUCUUCCUCUACCCCUCAAAGGUCACAGUGGAGGUUGGAAGCAGAGUGACAAAGUCAAAGAGUCCUCAAAGCAUCACCUGGUCAUUGCCCAGCCCAAACUGGAUAGGAGAGCAGCUAGCAUGACAGGUGAGAGAACUCACAGCAACUACAAGAAGAAUCGUAAAACUAAGGGCAUCGCCUCCAAAAGGAAAGAGAAGAAAGAGAUGCCGCCAAGUUCUAGUAGAGACAAACAACAUUAUACCCCGCCAUUGACAGUCAAUGCUGUGCUAAUAAGGCAUGAUGGAAGCCAUCUAACCAACUGCAGUGGUUCAGAGCUCUCCACCCAGCCACCACCUCUUCCCAGACAAGGGAACCUCCACCCAGCCGUGACCCAGACUGUAGCGCACAGCCAGAGCCGCCCUUCUACUGCCGCCCUUCUACUACUCGGCCUGUCUGACUCUGAGCACAAAUGUACUCCAGAUGAACAGAGGCAGGAUCAGGGGCAAACCAGGCAGGCAGGGCAGGCAGGGAAAGCAGGGAGGGAGAACCUAACCAAGCAGCAGGCUGUGAAAAAGGUCCCCAGAGAACUCAGGAAACGUGACAGACAGCCUUCGUCUGCACGUAAAAAGACCCGGCCCACAGCGGGAACAGCAGCAGAGCCAGAGAAAGGGAGUGAGGGGGAGGCCCACUGGUGUAAGAUGUCAGCUGGAGAGAGGGAGUUCCCAGACACUGACACACGGAGAAUAAGGACUGGGGACCCAGACUCUGUGCCAUGGCUCAGCAAGGACGACAUUCACAAGAUGGAGUUCCUCUCGGGCAGUGAGGUUGUCAGUAAGGCUAGGCUCCCAGCCCAUGGACAGGUCCUCCAUGUAGGGCUGGGUGCCCCUCAUCAUCCCCCUUCUCUUGGGGCUCCAUUGGCUGACCACAGUGGGCACUGCCAACAGGGUCUGUGUGCCCUAAUCAAACGUCCAGACGACUGGUUCGAAGUCUUCGCUUUCCAUUUAGACCGUGUUCUGGGCUUGAACAGGAGUCUGCCCACAGUGCUCAGGGACUUCCACAGUGACAUCCUGCCUUACAAAUACACCAGGGGGGCAGCCAGACCCGCGGUGUGGUGGGACCCAGGCAUCCAGCACCUGGCUGAUGAUGACAAUGACCAGAACUCGUUCCCUCUCACCUGGCUCCAGUACCAGAGCCUGCUGAGGGCCAGGUGUGGAAGUGGCAGCGGCGUGGCCCUCAACGAGACCCCCUGUGUGGGGGUUCACCAUGCGGAGUGGGGGCACCUGGCACUCUUUGACUUCCUCCUACAGGUGAAUGAUCGUCUGGACCGGUACUGCUGCGGUUUCCAGCCUGACCCAGCAGAACCAUGUGUGGAGAACCUGCUACAUACCAAGUGCAGGAACUCAAAGGAUCUAGUGCUGGUGCACAUCCUGGUGAGGAGGGUAGAGCCUACCAGACUGGUGUUUAUAGACAAUGCAGGCAGGCCAAAUCAUCCCCAUGACAACCUCAACUUCCGCUUAGUAGAGGGCAUCGAUGAGUUUCCAGAGAGAGCUGUAUCAGUUCUCCAGUCUGGCUGCUUGGAGAGCAUGCUCCUGAGCUCCCUGUAUAUGGACAAACAAUUCUGGGAGAGCCGAGGGGGGGCACGUGGCCUGAAACCUCUCAUCCACACUGUUGAGCAAAGAGGGAGGAUACUGCUGCAGCACAUCCACGACAAGAGACUGAGACUAAACAGGGAUUUGUGAAUCCAAUGGCCCAGAAGGCACCCAGCAGCACAUUAAUUUCAUCCAGGCAGGGGGUGCCUGUGACAGACAUGGAAGCCUCCUCAAGGUCCCAGCCAGCCUAAAGACACAGGGUGUGUCUUAAUUGGCACCCUAUUCCCUAUAUAGUGCACUACUUAUCACUAUAGCCCUUCAUUGUCUAUAAACACCCUAAGAGCCCUGGUCAAAGGUAAUGCACUAUAUAGGGAAGAGGGUGCUCUUUGGGCCGCAGAUACAGUAUGCCUGUUCCAUGCUGGUUGUGGUUCCCAUCCAUGUUGUAUCCAUACAUCUUGCCAACAUCCCUCAAGCCAAGCAAAUUAUGUUAUUGAAAUUGCACCCUCUUCUUCCCUGACUGUUCAUGAGGUGAGUUUUGUAUUUUCAAAUAAAAAAUAGCAGAUUGAAAGAUCUAUUUAUUGUCUGUUAUAUGAGAUAAGCGUUUGGCUGCAAUCUUAAAAUAGCUUCUGAACUGGAUCGAGGCUUCUGGUCGAUAAGAAAAUACCAAACCUUUCAUAAGAUUGUGCUCCUAAGACAAUGAUGAGGAAACCCACUCAAUUGGGUUAAAGGAACACAAUUAUUAUUAUUAUUAUUGCUGAACAUUGGACUUAUUUCCUAUGUUCCAGGACAUUUAGACAAUGUUGACUCCACGCCAAUUAAUGAACAAUGGACAAUAUAUUGAAGUGACCUACAGACUGGGGUUGCUUCCUUGUGGGGAUACAUGUCAUGACUGUUGAUGAGGACCAAGGUGCAGCGUGGUGAGCGUACAUUUUACUUUAAGAAAUGACGCCGACAAAACAAUAAACAAUACCAAACAAACCGUGAAGCUUAAGACUAUGUGCCAUCAAACAAAUUUAA